AUGUAUAUCAAGGCCGCCGUUCUCUUCCUCGCCGCCUCGGCCCUGGCUCUGCCCACCGUCCAGGAUGGCAACCACAAGCGUGCCGCCGUCCUGACUAAGCAGAGCUACGCCGACUUCCAGGUCAGCGACGGAGUUGCUGGAAACGCACUCGCAGAGGUCCAGGCCAAGUUCCCUAUCGACGAGAACGACCUGGCCAACGUCGACCCCGCUGAUGCGGCCAUCAUCAAGGCGGCUCGGGUGACAGCCGAGGACGCCGAGGUCAACACGGGCGGCUUCAACGACGCCAUCGCCGCCGCCAGCGGCGAUGCCGCCGACGCCCUCCAGGUGGGCAAGAUCAAGAACAAGGUCCUGAAGCUCAAGCUCGAGGUCCUCGACCUGGGCAUCUCCCAGGCCCAGGGCGGCAGUGACAACACGGCCAAGAUCGCCGCCGAGCAGAAGAAGCUCGACACCAACAUCGCCACCGACAAGAAGUCGGCCGGCCAGACCAGCCAGUCGGUCAACUUCCAGGGUUAA